CGAACGUGAGCUGAGUGCUUUUGUAUGUGCAUGGUGUGUCAGAGGACCUGUUGGGGUUUUACGUUUGACUAGAACUAAAGGAGUCUGUCGUCCAAAAUAAUAAGUUUUAUUAACACACACUAAAUUUGACACUUUAACUGAGUGACAGUAGGUAUACAAUGCUGUAGCACGGCGGCAAUAUGGUUCGUAUCCUACCAGAUUGUCGUGAUACAUACUUUCACCCUGCUUGGAUGGUGAUGAAUAAAUAAAAAAAUUAGUUUGCAACGGAGAGUUAACAAAUAAAGGAAAAUCAGACGGAAAAAGGUGCACGGAUAUCAGGUGUGUGUGUGUGUGUGUGUGUGUGUGUGUGUGUGUGUGUGUGUGUCGAAUGCUGUGUGAUUUAGUGCGUGCAGUGCACUAGUGCAGUACAGAGGGGUAAUGAUGUCAGGUCAGGCUGUUGGUCCUGGCCCUCAGGAGAACUAUACCAAGUUAUUUGAGUCGUUACAGGCUGACCUUAAGACCCUGGCCUCGGAGACUAAAAAGAAGUACCCACAAAUCAAAGAGUCAUGUGAAGAAGGAAUAAGCAAGUUAAAACAAGCAUCCUCGUCCAAUCAACCAGUUCAAAUUUAUUAUGUUGUGAAUCAAAUUCUUUAUCCUCUAGUUCAAGGUUGUGAAAGCAAAGAUGUAAAAAUCAGUAAGUUUUGUCUUAACACAAUGCAAAGACUGAUAACCCAGCAGGCGAUUGAUCAAAAAGGAGCUAGGUAUAUCACGGAUGCUUUGAGGACUUUGAUAAAAGCAGGUAUUGAAGAAGUUAAAGUUUUGCAAACAGUAACAUUGCUGCUCACAAGUAAUUCAUUAGUUCAUGGGGAAACACUUGCAAGGAAUCUGGUACUUUGCUUUCGUCUGCACUUUACCAAAGAUUCAACAACUAUAAAUACAGCUGGAGCCACUGUCAGACAGUUAGUUUCUCUGGUAUUUGAGCGAGUUGUAGCUGAAGAUGAAGAGUAUUCUGACCAACAAGUGCAAGAUGAAAGUAAUUUAGAAGAACUUAAAGUGCCUACAAAUCAAGCACCGAAAGGUCUGAGGCCUUGUGCUGCUGAUGCCUUUUUAAUGUUUCAAGACUUAGUUCAAUUAGUAAAUGCAGAUCAACCAUAUUGGUUAAUAGGCAUUACUGAAAUGAGACGAACGUUCGGUCUAGAAUUACUUGAGUCUGUUUUAACAAACUUUACUUCAGUAUUUUUUAAACACCCGGAGUUCAGUUUUCUUCUUAAGGAACGUGUAUGCGCUCUUGUAAUAAAAUUAUUUUCACCUAAUAUAAAAUAUCGAAACUCCGUGCCGGCUUCGAUACAACAAGCCACACCCCUCGACAAACCCUAUUUUCCCAUCAGUAUGAGACUGUUGCGAGUUGUAGCAAUCUUGGUUCAAAAGUAUCAUUCUCUACUGGUCACGGAAUGCGAAAUUUUUUUAUCCUUGAUAGUUAAGUUUUUGGAUCCCGAGAAACCAUCAUGGCAGCGAGCAUUAGCUCUGGAAGUUUUGCACAAAAUGACAGUUCAAGCUGACUUAUUGACAAGUUUCUGUAAUUGCUAUGACUUAAAACCGCAUGCCACUAAUAUAUUUCAGGAUAUAGUCAACAACUUGGGCGCUUAUGUACAAAGCCUCUUUCUUAAUUUCAAUAUGGCAUCAUCUAACACAGGAACAGCUGCAACAAUAGCACAAGGCUCUGCUCCGGCAAUGCUAGCUGGUAUGCCAAUAGGACCAGGUGUCACUCCACAGCCCGGCUUCUUUUCAAGAGGCAUUUGGCUUCCAGUUGUAGCGACAUUCACCAGUGGCCAAGCUAAAUCAACAUAUCUCGAAAUGCUGGACAAGGUUGAGCCACCUCAAAUUCCAGAUGGCUAUGGUAUUAGUAUCGCUUACGCCUGUUUAUUGGAUAUAAUCCGCUCGAUCGCGAUGGCUAUAAUGGGACCGCGUGAAGAGGGAGUAGAGCGUCGCUACGAGCCUACAGAAGCUGAUCGCAAGCUCCACGUACAGCUUAUCAACUCAAGUUGGUGUGGCUUGCUGGCGGCGCUUAGUCCAUUGAUUGACGCGAGUACCGAUGAAUCAGCCACUGAGAACGUUCUCAAAGAAAUUCAGACGUUUGCCUCGCUCUGCGGACUACUCGACCUUCACACGCCUCGCGACGCUUUCAUCACGGCCAUCUGCAAAGCUUCUCUGCCACCACAUUAUGCGCUUACGGUACUAUACAGCGCGCCUCAGGGUAUACCCAGUGGACCAAGACAGCUACCACAGCCGGAUGCCAUUGGUGUGGGAGGAUCAGGUGGGCAAUACAACCCGGCAAAUCUUGGUGAACCAGAUUACAGGCAACAGGUCGUUGCUGUCGGUACACCGCUUCCUACCGCAUCCCUCCCAAUCGGUGCUCAACAAGGCCCGGUUAUGCUGACAGUAAAGAAUCUUCAGUGCAUGCGUGCCCUGCUCUUACUAGCCCAUUGUCACGGCAGUAUUUUAGGCACCGCGUGGCACCUGGUGCUCACGACAUUGCAGCAUCUCGCUUGGAUACUCGGGCUCAAACCGUCGACUGGUGGCUCUUUAAAGGCCGGGCGUACCGCUGCCGACUCCAACGCUAUGCUAACCACGGCCGUUAUGGCCGAUCUGCCGGUCCUCAGUGCUAUGCUCAGCCGAUUGUUCGAGAGCAGUCAGCAUCUCGACGAUGUGGCACUUCAUCAUCUCAUCGACGCGCUUUGCAAGCUCAGUCAAGAAGCCAUGGAACUUGCUUACACGAAUAGAGAACCGUCACUAUUUGCGGUAGCCAAACUCUUGGAAACUGGCCUUGUUAAUUUACCGAGAGUAGAAGUCUUGUGGAGACCACUGACGAACCAUUUGUUAGAAGUGUGCCAGCAUCCACAUAUCAGGAUGAGAGAAUGGGGUGUUGAAGCGAUUACGUAUUUAGUUAAGGCGGCUCUUCAGCAUAAAUAUCCUCAGCCACUUCGAGAUAAUCAAAAACUGCAAACUCUACUCUUAGGACCACUGUCAGAAUUAUCCUCGGUACGACAUGCAGACGUUAGACAAAGGCAGUUAGAAUGUGUCCUACAGAUUCUUCAUGGCGCCGGUGAGACAUUAUUCUAUGGUUGGCCUCUGGUGCUUGGAAUCAUCGGAGCAGUUUCAGAUCAUCAUGGAGAAAACUUGGUUCGCGUAGCGUUUCAAUGCUUGCAGCUCGUAAUAACGGAUUUUCUACCUGUGAUGCCAUGGAGGUGCCUUCCAUUGUGUGUUGACACUGCAGCCAAGUUUGGCUCUCAAACUCAAGAGCUGAACAUCUCGCUUACUGCCGUUGGUCAAAUGUGGAACAUAAGUGAUUACUUUUAUCAAAACCAAGAAAAAAUUUGCGCCUCCCUGCGGGGUGACUCGGCCUCGGUAUUCCCCGAUUUUCCAGGCACAACGAAUAUGCCAGCCUUUGAUAAGCUCUGGAUGUGCUUGUACGCGCGACUUGGGGACCUCUGUAUCGAUCCGCGACCUGCAGUACGAAAAUCUGCUAGUCAAACGUUAUUCUCGACUAUUUCGGCGCAUGGAAGUCUAUUGAAUCAGCCAACGUGGCAAGCAGUACUCUGGCAAGUUUUGUUUCCACUGUUGGACAAAGUGAGGAGUUUGUCAAGUUCGGCCAGUAAUGAAAAGGUCGAUACAUCUGGCAAUAUUCUUAUACACCACUCUAGGAAUACAGCACAGAAGCAAUGGGCAGAAACACAGGUACUAACAUUGAGCGGCGUUGCAAGGGUUUUCAAUACGAAACGCCAGCUACUGCAAUCGCUCGGUGACUUUCCUCGCGCAUGGUCGCUUCUACUGGAAUUCAUCGAAAAUUCUGCUUUGAGCAAAAAUAACGAAGUGUCCCUGGCUGCUUUAAAAUCCUUCCAAGAGAUCCUGUACCUUCCAAAAAGCACUGAAAUUACUGAUCCUACGCAAUUUGAGGAUUCCGAAGCUUUGUGGAUCGUCGCUUGGCGUAUUUGGCUGAGCAUUGGCUUAGAAAGCACGGCACCUCCACAGGAAACUGAAAUUGAACCUUACAUUCCGUCACAAGCAUUCCUGACUGCACUCGUCCAAAUAUUUCCCGCCGUCUAUCAACAUGUAAAAAAUAAAUUUUCCGCAACCGACUUGCAAAAUCUGUGCCUCGUUUUGAAAAAUGCCGUUGCCAUACCAGUACACAGUGAAUCUACGCCGUUCGUAUUGCCCACUGUUCCAGAUGUUGUAUUAACUCAAUUGCAAGAUGGUGUACUUCACUCUAUGGAAUUGCUUCAAAAAGAAUCAUUGUCAACGCCUGAAAAUCUAAAAAGUAUGAUUAGCCCAAUUUUUAUACAGCUCCUGUAUUUUUCAAAACUCGCUUGUGAGGCGCCGACGUACGGCAAAAUUUCUACAAAGCAUAUCUCCCAAGUCAGAGGCAUAUCUGCCGAUUGGGUUACCAUGAACUACGUGCCUUUUGGAGAAAAAGCUUUGUCUAUGGUUGUUAACUUGUAUCAAAAGACCGCGCAUGAGAUGGCUGUAAUCGAUGCUCAGAUCCUGAAGCACAUAAUCGAAACACUACAUAUUCCUUUGGCUAUGAAAUACUCUUGCCCUUUGCAAACAACGUGGAAACUAGCCGUGACGAGUCUUUUAGCUAUUUUACACGUAGGAUUACCAUUGGCAAGAAACUAUCCGGAUCACUUUCAAAACAUGUGGCCUAAGCUCGCAGAUACCCUCGACCAUUUUCUAUUUCCUUCUAGUGUAAUGAAUACAGAUAGAGGCGCUGAAGAAAUCCAGGCUGACGAAGCUGUUGACUGCCAAGUAAUGGAACUUUUACGAGAUGAAGUAUUGCCGCACUCGCAACAGAUUCCUCAUCAGUUUAUACUACGAGUUGUUAUGUUGUUAAACAAAGGUUCUAUUCACUCAGCCACAUCAAACAUUGCAGAGAAGAAUGGUGAACCGAAGCUGCGGGAAGAAUUCGCAAAAACGUGCUUUGAAACCCUUCUUCAAUUUUCUCUGCUCGACGGUCUUAACAACGAAAUCGAAAGCACGGCUGAAAGUCUCACAGAAGAAGACGAGGGUGGAGUAGCUGGUCGUUUAGCAGUCACAGCACUACUGCACCGAUUUCAGGAGGUACUCAAGCGCUAUAUUGAUGAUGAGCGCAGAAGUGGCAAGUGCCCGCUACCCAGGUACAGGUUGUCAGAGAUAUCGUUUGUGCUCAAAGCCGUUGCAACCCUCGUUGUUUCGUUGAAGAAGGCACCUGCCAACAAAGUGGAGCGCUCGGUAUGGGAGCAGCUGAUCGGUCUCUACCCUUGUCUCGUCGAAUGUACCGUGGCAACAGCGUCGAGUCAGGUGUCGCGUUCUCUGAGAGAGGCGCUCAUGCAGUACCACGAUCUCCUCCGACCACCAUUUGUCAGCAAUCCACCUGCCUCGAACGGCGUCUGACCCAAGUCGUAUCAUAAUCACCACUUGGAGAGCAGCAAUUGUAUCUAAUCAGGCUUUAUGUGUAUAACGAUCGAAAGGAUGGAUAACUCGUCAACGAAUCUAAGAUUUGUGAAUUUAGGAAAGUAGUAAAAUACAUCGUUGAAUUUUUGUUAUGACAGAGUUUGAAAAUUUUUUGAGUUUUACUUUGGGAGAAAGUGGGUAGGUAGCAGUAUUUUCGUAGCGAACAGUAGGCGAUGGUUCAUGUACAAGUCGUGUAUUUUAAUUUGCAAGGCACGCUAUCAGUCUUGAAGACAAACGAAUCAUUGAUUCUUCAAAAUAAAUUUUAAGGUUCGCAGACCUUACAUUUUUAAUAUAUUCUUGUUCUAGAUAAAUUAUGAUUCCUCUUUUACAGUUACCUACUCAGCGUAAAGUUUUUUAAAAAUAAUUCAUAAUCAUCACUUAUUGUUAUCAACUCAAAGAUAAAAUAAUCUUUAAUAUAAUCAACUUCCUUUCUAAUAUUUUUAUCGUGUGAUAUUGUGUUAGUACAAGUUUUUUUUUUUUUUUUUUUUUUUUUACUAUGCUUGCACUUGAAUUAAGCACUAUAGCGUGUGUUUAAAUACGUCGUGUGCCCGAGGGUGAAAAAAAAUGAGACGGAAUAUUCAAAGCUAAAUCGCAGCUAAGUUUGUCAAUUUUUUUCUGCUGCUGCUUUUUUUCGUAUUCAGAUAAAUUAGCGCACAGCAAGAGAAGCAAAAUAUAUCCUAAAUCAAUAGACGGUAUAUAUGCGAUACCGCCAAGAAGACGAAGGUUCGGACAUCGAUGCCCCAAGGCAUAAAUGAUAUGUGCUAUGUAAGCAUUCGAAGGGAAAAAGAAAAAAAAAACAAGGAAAAAGUGAGAAAUAACUCAUCGUCGUAUAUAAAUCAUCGAGACUCUAAUUGUAAAUACGAUACAUAAUAUAAUGAAAUAUCCAUACGAAAAUAGUGCGCUAUGGCACCCUCGUUUAUAGUUAUAUAUAGAUAUAUACUUUUUAUUCUGUGUGUACAUAAUGAUCGAACGAACUUACAAGAUACAAUGAAUAAAAAAAAAGUUUAAUAUCAUAUGUAGAUGAUUUUAUAAAUAAAAGAAGAAAAGACACAAAAAAAAUCUGCCUGUAUUAUCAUACCGUGUUCAUGAGGUAAAUGCACGAAUGCAAAUCACGAGUAAAGAUGCUGUAAUAAUGUAUAUAUAAAUCAAUGAUUA